CCAACACACUCACACAUGUUUCUGCUUCACUGCCUUGCUGCUGUAAACCCCAAGGUUAACUUUGCUCAAGACUGGGAAAAGCUGUGGCAGCUGCGCCCAAGCCAGCUCUGGAAAACUGGAAUUAAGUGGUUUCUAAGCAGGUUCAGUAGAUCAAGACAUUGUGGACAUUCACACAAGUCAAAGCAGCAUGGAGGAGAACAACAGCAUGGAUGAGCCCAUGUCUUUAUCGCAGCUUCUGCGUGAGAGUUACCUGGCCGAGGCCCGAGCUCAUCACAGACACGGCGAAUCCAGCUGCAUAGACUCCCCUCGCCGCCUGGUCUACGGGACGCUCAAGGAGAAAGCAGAUGACUCCGGUGGGAAAGACGAUCCACAGUUCCCAGACCUGUCUGCCUUCCUGAGCCAGGAGGAACUGGACAACAGCGUUGAUCUGGCCUGCAAAGCAAUCAGCAGCGAUCCUCGAGAACGUGAGAAGAGAUCCGACACACAUCCACCAGUGAGCCACUCUAAUCUUCCUUCCAACAAACCCACUCCACAAACAGAGCUCAUUUCAGAAAGACACAUACUCCAGGCUCCCUUUCAAGAUAAUGUGAUCAGGAAUGCUAGGGAACCUGCGGCGGAUUUCAAAAGACCUCAGAGAAACGCUCCAUACGGCUUGGAGACCCAAUCCAAGAAGGAGUUCCUCAACAAAGCAGCUGAUUUCAUAGAAGAGCUUUCGUCUCUGUUUAAAGCCACCAGCUCUAAGCGAAUUCGGCCUCGUACUUGCAAAACCCACCGGAGCCGAUACCACAACAAAACCCAAGCUGAUGGCACUUCAUACUCCAUUAAUACAGAAGAUCGAGAAAGACCUAUUCUGCUCAACCAACAGAUUGAGGAGCCGAUGGAGAAGGGUGGAGUCACGGAGGAGCCGGCUCUGAUUCAGCCGGAGAGCUCGGAGGAACCCGUGUGUGAACCUCCACACUUCAUACAGAAGCUCAAAAGCAGGGAGGUUCCUGAGGGCAGUAAAGUGCAGCUGGAUUGUAUCGUCAGAGGACUGCCUGCUCCAGAAGUUCGGUGGUUUUGUGAGGGUAAAGAGUUGGAAAAUAGUCCUGAUAUCCAGAUCAUCGCUAAUGGUGAGCGACACACUUUGAUCAUAGCAGAAGCGUUUGAAGAAGACACAGGAAGAUACUCGUGCUUUGCGUCCAACUUUUAUGGCACAGACUCCACCUCAGCAGAAAUCUACAUUGAGGGAGCAUCUUCAUCAGAAUCUGACGAAGAAAAACAUUUUCAAGCAGAACUUCAUGAAAGAUCUGCUCAGCCCAAACCUGCUGUGGUCUUGACAGAACCCAACACAUCUGCUGAAGACAUCACACCAACUAUAACAACCACCUUCACUGAACCACCAGUACCUUCUGACACAGAAGCAGUGCCACUGACUGAGCUGAUUGCUGACCCAACCUCUAAGAAGGAACAUACAGAACUUCUGUGUUCCAAUAUUGUCAGCUCUGAAAUACCUGUACUAGAACCAUCAAUGCCAAUAUCUGAAGUGGAGCCAACUCCACCUAUCCCUCCACUGACCAUUGCCCCACCAUCACCACCAUUACCUCCAUCCAGCCAAAGUAUCUCCGAUGUACUGUUAACAUCUCAACACAACAUUUCUGAGAAUCUAAAUGGAAGCAGUAGUUAUCUUCAAAACUUCGAUGUAAGGCCCAUGAUGGCAGCUCCUGUUUUUACGAAGGACCUCCAGGAUGUCCUGGCUGUAGAGAGCCAGUUGAUAGUUCUCGAGUGCAGAGUAAAAGGAAUUCCCUCCCCUAAAGUGGACUGGUACCGGGAGGGAACACUUAUUGAAGAUUCCCCAGACUUCAGAAUCCUUCAGAAGAAACCAAGAUCCAUGGCUGAAUCUGAGGAGAUAUGUACUUUGGUUAUUGCGGAAGUUUUUCCAGAGGAUUCUGGAACAUUUACUUGCAUAGCCAGCAAUAAAUAUGGCACAGUUUCCAGUACAGCAGAAUUGAGAGUAAAAGGACACAAUAAUAACAGCACCAAUCCAAAAACAACAAGCACUUUAACAGUGGAAUCCUCCCUCCAAAAGGUUCCAGCAACAGGACUGAUGUCAACCACUUUAAAGCCUAAACCAGAUGUUCGUCUGGUAAACAACAAGCUUCACUCAAGUAUGAUUUGCCUUGACCCUUUGAGAUAUGGAUUUAAGAAUGUAGAACUUCAGGACUCUGGGAUACCUCGCUCAGAUUCCCUGAAUCCUAGUACCCUUCGCCAUGAUCUAACCACUAGCCUACCUAGUCUUAACCCUCUCAGCAUUGGAAAAUACGGCUCAGAUACUUUAAGGACUAGUUUAACUCAGCUUAACCCAAUCAGCUUCAAUUCUUCUUCAAUGAACUCAAACUCAAACCAUAAGCCUCUCAGCUCUACACAUUUUGAUUCAGGAGGAUCUAGUUUUAAACCUUCCACAGAAGUGACCCAAAGUCCACCAAAUGGAUCAGACUCUUGCAUCACUAUGAGCUCUGAUUCCUGGUUAGAAUCAUUACCAAACGGUUCAAAGCCAAACCCCAGCCCUUCUGUUACUAGUUUCCCACCAGUAAACUGCAGUAACCAUCAAGAGCGACCGACUGUUAAACCCCUACCAGAUCCCCCAACUUCUUGCCUCAAGACAAGACCCGAGGGUGUGUUAGGGAAUCACAAUGAAUCCCGCUCUAGUUCUCGAGUUGGUCUCCGUGUAACCUUUAAACUCCCAGAAGAUGAAGAUGAGGAAAAUAAAGAAAUGUCACCUAAAGAACCACCACCAGUGCUGGCUAAACCAAAAUUAGACCAAGUGCAGCUUCAGAUCAUCCACAACCAGAUGCUUUCGGAACAGCAGCAGGAAAACACCUCCCCAAGCCAAGAUUUAACACAUUUAGACAGGACAAGUUGUGAGCCUCCACCUGUCAAGCCAAAUCACCCUUCUGCAAAUCCAGUUCUAUCCCAACCCCAGCCACCUCCACUUGUAAUGAACUCUGCUCAAAUUCCACUGCCGAUCCCUGCAUCUGUCCCUCUACUUCCUACAGCACCUGCUCCCAUAUUAAAAGCUGUACCUGUAUCCGAAUUGAGCAUGCCUUUAACCAAUUCCAUGCCCUUGCCCCAACUUACUCCAUUAGCCACAACCUUACAGAACCACCAUCCAAUACCUCAACAAAAUCUGGUUCCUACUACAUUAGUUACUGUUCCACCAGGUAUAGUUCCCUCUAACCUACUAACCCAAACGAAUGUGGUGCCCACUCCUCCUCAGUUGAAUUUGGGGCCAAUCUCACCCAGUGUGGCUCCACUUACCCCUAUGCCAAGUGUGAUUCCAACAAUCCCAAUAACUCAACCAAUAGGUGCUCCCAACAUCCCCAUGCCUUCAUAUUUGGGACCAUCUGCACAUUUUCCUCAACUUAUCAUGGCUUCAACCACCCAACCAAACCCUAACCAUGUGGCCAAUGUUCCACCCAUUACUCCUUCCACUCAUAUUUCACAAAUAAACAUGAAUCCAACCUUGCAGAUAUACUCCGUUCCCUUUAGUGACAAAGGUGUUGCCAGAACACAGGCACUGAUGUCACCUAAUGAAUCAGUAGUGAACAACACUGCACCAGAGUUAAACACCGCCACAAAUUCUCAUCCCAGCAUGGCUCCACAAUACACACAUUCUCAGGGUGUGUCUUAUCCACCCCUGAGUAAAAUCACCUCACCACAUCUGGUGAGAAAUCCACCUGCACCUGCACCCAUCCCAAGUCCAAUGUCUCAUUCUACAUUGAUUGACAUCCAGCCUCCACUUCCCGGGAUUAUUCCUAUCUCCACCCAGAGCUUCACCUACACAAGACCAAAGGAGUUUGUCGCAGCCCAGACACUCUCUCCUAUCAGGAGUCCUUCCCCAACUGAGUCUCCUGUGCCAAUGCUUCAUGAAUUAGCUGCACAAAUAUUCCCGAAGUCAACACGGGAGCUCACGUCGCCCAUCAACCAGUUAUCUCCAUCCCCAAGAAAGUUCCCAACGAGAGUUCUGGAGUGUCCAAGCAGCCCACCAUAUGUGUCCUCACCUCCUCUACUGCCUCAUGGGCUGGGGAAUUCACUGUUUUCUUUUAGAACUCAGUCACCCCCACAAGCUUCUUCUCCAACUUCUAGCAGCUCCUCCCACAGCCCCAUCCAAAAUCCAGUGGCCUUUCUUACUUCAGUCCUUCCUUCUCUUCCUACAUCUCCUCUGACCAAUGCCAUGGGCCUACCUAAGAGUGCCCCACCUGGGCCUCAAGGUGCACUAAAGAAGAAUCAAAGAGGUUCCAGACUCAUGUCUGAUGAUGACAUCCGCGAGAGCAAGGAAACACUGUUACAAGAUAUUGAGAAGAUAUUGCGAUUUAAAGAUGAACAGCUCCAUUUUGGACAGCAGAAGCAGAGUUAUGGGGGGGAAGUGAGCCGACUGCUCGGACCAAACAUUCCCACCGCAACUGUCUUUAACUAUAACAAGGAAUACAAGGUGUCGAGCUUUGAGCAGAGGCUAUUGAGCGAGAUCGAGUUUCGUUUGGAAAGGACUCCAGUUGAAGAGUCGGACGAUGAAGUUCACCAUGAUGAAAUUCCCACGGGAAAAUGCAUCGCACCCAUCUUCGACAAGAAACUGAAGCACUUCAGAGCUGUGGAAGGGAUUCCAGUCACAUUUACCUGUAAAGUUGUGGGAAUUCCAGUUCCUAAAGUUUACUGGUUUAAAGAUGGAAAGCAGAUUUUGAAGAAAAAUGAGCACUAUAAGAAGAUCAGAGAAGGUGAUGGGACGUGCUCAUUACACAUAGAAGCCGUCACAAGUGACGAUGAUGGCAAUUAUACAGUCAUGGCAGCAAAUCCACAGGGCAGAAUAAGUUGCUCUGGGCAUUUGAUUGUCCAAACAGGUCCCGUGCGAAACCGUCCCGUGGUUCACUCGCAGAGAGUCCGAGCGCGUGUACAGGAAGUGGAGGGCGAGCCGACUGAAGAGCGCUUCUUUCGUCCGCACUUCCUGCAGGCUCCAGGAGACAUGUCGGCUCACGAGGGACAGCUCUGUAGGUUAGACUGCAAGGUGAGUGGUUUACCUCAUCCUGAGAUCAUGUGGCUCCUCAACGGGAAGCCCAUGUAUCCAGACCUCAGUCACCGAAUGCUCGUGAGAGAAAACGGGAUUCAUUCCCUGGUUAUUGACCCUCUGACUCAAGCCGAUGACGGGACGUACACCUGCAUCGCCUCAAAUAAAGCAGGACAGAGUUCAUUCUGUCUCGAGCUCAGAGUAGUGGGAAAAGAGCUGAAGCAGGCGCCACAUUUUGUGGAAAAGCUGCAGAACACGGGCAUCGCCGAGGGCUCCCCGGUGCGUCUGGAGUGCAGAGUUGUGGGGAUGCCUCAGCCGGUCAUCUACUGGAAGAAAGACAAUGACACAAUCCCUCACUCAAAGGCCAGAGUCAGCAUGCAUCAGGACACGACAGGUUAUGUUUGUCUACUGAUUCAACCGACUAGAAAGGAAGAUGCUGGCUGGUACACUGUCUCUGCAAAAAAUGAAGCAGGAAUCAUAUCAUGCACAGCAAGACUAGACAUAUAUGCUCAGUGGUAUCAGCACAUUAAUGCACCGAUGAAGAAGACGCAGCUCAGCGGGAGUCGAUACGCUGCUCUCACCGGACAGGGUCUGGAUAUAAAGUCAGCGUUUUCUAUGAGCGACAACAGCCCCGUCAUAUUCUCUGCCUCCCAACCAGAGCGAAGGCUAGAAAGUGAGGAGCUGUAGAUGCUCGCAGGUUAAAGAUGGUGCACCGAUGAUUUAAAGACACCACAUUGUGUUGAGCAUUUGGAGUAACAAUCUAAAAGCAAACAAGGAUCUGAUGUUUCUGCACUCAUUUGUAGUUGUAUGUGUUUUGAUACGGGCCUAUAAUUUAAAGGAAGAGUUCUGCCACAUGAAAAUGGGCUAAAAAUAUGCUCGUCUUCGGGUCAUACAAGAUUAGGAUGAGUUUGUUUCUUCAUCAGAUUUGGAGAAAUGUAGCAUUGCAUCAGUGUCU